CAGCCAAAAGGUGGGAUUUGGGGGGAGGGGGGCAAAAGUGACUGAUUGGAGUUGGGGGGCAGGCUGCUGUAGGAACCCAGAGACUCUCUCAACUCAUACCUUUCUUUUUUCCUUUCCAUCCCAAAACCUUGGACCUGGUGUUCUCACAGACCGAGAGACGAGGUGGCCACCGUCACAGCAGCAACAGAUGCAGGGAGAUCCUCUCCGUCGGCGUCCGUACUUCGCAACUCAGAAUCUAGUUGGGGUUCCGAGUCCCCGGGGAAGCUGCGCCUCAUCGCUCCCCAACAGCAGUGAGAGCUUGGGGACCUGAAGCGGCACAGGAGACACGAUGGCGGCGUCUGUGCUGAGUCUGUGGCUGGUGUGGGCGCUGCUGGGGGCCGCCCAGGGCUGCACCGAACCCUGCGCCUGCGUGGACAAGUACGCGCACCAGUUCGCCGACUGCGCGUACAAAGACCUGCAGGAGGUGCCGUCAGGGCUUCCUGCCAACGUGACCACGCUUAGUUUGUCUGCCAACAAGAUCACCUCCUUGCGUCAGGGAGCCUUCGCCGAGGUCACGCAGGUCACGUCUCUGUGGCUGUCCCAUAACGAGAUCAGCGCCAUUGAGCCAGGUGCCCUAGCGGUUCUGGUCCAGCUCAAGAACCUGGACAUCAGCCACAACCAGAUCGUUGACUUUCCCUGGGCUGACCUGCGCAACUUGAGCGCCCUGCAGCUGCUCAAGAUGAACAAUAACCGCAUGGCGGCGCUGCCAGCCGACGCCUUCCGCAACCUGCGCGACCUGCGCUCUCUGCGCAUCAACAACAACCACUUCAGCUUCAUAGCCGAGGGUACCUUCGACGCGCUCACCUCGCUGUCCCACCUGCAGAUCUAUAACAACCCUUUCGACUGCACCUGCCGCCUUCUGUGGCUCAAGGCUUGGGCGGAGAACACUCUCAUCUCCAUCCCCGAGCGGGAGUCCAUCACGUGCGCCUCGCCCCCAGCCUUCAAGGGCACCCCCCUGGGUAGCCUCCCAGUGCUGCAGUGCGCGCCACCCACAGUGCGCCUUAGUUACCAGCCCAACGUGGAUGGAGCCGAACUCCAAGAUGGCCUGGCUCUGGCGCUGCACUGCAUCGCUACCGGCCACCCCCAGCCCCAGAUCCAGUGGCGGAUCGAGACAGCCGGCGGUGCGCUGCUCAUCGAGCGACCCAACGCCAGCGAGGCCGAGGAGGAGACGCCCCCGCUCUCCCCACAGCGCUUCCUAGCCUUCUCCAAUGGCACCUUGCUCAUCCCGCACCUGAGCAAAAAGGAAGAGGGCACCUACACGUGCCGGGCAGACAACGAGCUGGGCAGCAACGAGACCUCGGUGAGCGUGGCGGUGGCCGGGCCGCAGAAAUACCCCCCAGCCUCCCCCAGAGGGGAGCUCCCGGGCCUGGGCGGCAAAGGCUCAGGAGAUCGCAAAGCGUCUGGCAAGGGAUAUGUUAAUAGUGUCCUGACCUCUAAGGGCGAGGAGAGGACCAAAGGCCGGAGUCCGUGGGGAGGGCAGGGCAGGGCGUCCGCUGCACGGACCCCAGAGGUCCCGGAGGAUGUGGAGGUGGAGGCGGAGGCGGAAGAAGACCCCUUUCGGCCACCGCCAUUUGAGCGGCGCUGCGGCCAAGGGGACCCUACAAUGUACGUGUCCAACCACGCCUUUAACCAGAGCGCGGACCUUAAGCCCCAUGCCUUCGACUUGGGCGUGAUUGCGCUGGAUGUGUCAGAGCGAGAGGCCAAGGUACAGCUGACCCCGUUCGCGGUCAGGCCGGAGAAGCGGCACCUGCGGAUGCUGUACCUGUGCGCCGAGGGCGGCCACGCGGUAGUGCAGUGGUCCCGGAUCGAGGAGGGCGUCAAUUCCUACUGGUUCCAAGGCCUGAGCCCGGGCACCAACUACUCGGUGUGCCUCACUUACGUGGGCGAGGCCUGCCAGGUGCAAGUCGUGUUCACCACCAAGAAAGAAGUGCCCUCCCUAGUCAUCAUAGUGGUGGUCAGCGUCUUCCUUCUGGCGCUGGCCACCGUGCCUCUGCUGGGGGCCACGUGUUGCCAUCUUCUUUCCAAGUACCAGGGCAAGACCUACAGGCUCAUCAUGAAGGCGCAGAACCCUGACCAGAUGGAGAAGCACAUCGCCGCUGACUUCGACCCCCGCGCCUCCUACUUGGAAUCUGAGAAGAAUUACAGCCCCACAGACUCUGGUCCUGGGGUGGGAGAGGGGACUGGACCUGGGAGCAGGGCUAGGACAAGGGUAGGGGAGGAGGACGAGGAUGAUCAGGAGGAGGAAGAGGUGGGUGGAGGACUGGAGAGGGACGAGAGCCUAGUGACCGGCUCCCUUCCGGAGUCCCAGUCCAAGGCCAACCAGGAGGAGUUUGAGGCAAGCUCGGAGUAUAGCGACCGGUUGCCACUGGGAGCUGAGGCGGUGGAUAUCGCCCAGGAAAUUAAUGGAAACUAUAGGCAGACAGAACGUUGACCUUCCACUCCCCUCCUCCCCAUCCUUUCCACCUCCUCAAUUCCUGCCUGGCCCCCAACCUCGGACAUUGGGAACCAAAAGAAAACGGGGUGGUGGGAGGGAGAAAACACGAUCUAAAGCAUUUCACCUUAAUAGUAUAAAUAAGGUGGCCUGGGGGUGCUGACCUAAAAUUCUCGGCAUGCAGUCGAAUAGCGGGGAAUAGAGUUCGUCCUUCUUUUCCGCUCACAUGUCCCCUUCGCCCAGUCCGGGGAGGCUAAGCCCCCACACCUGGAAGCCUUUCUGAUUGAACCAUCUUUCUCCGUCUCAUUUCUAGCUGCUCUCCUUUUGGAGCAGGUGACCUUACUCCUUAAAGACCGGGGCCCUACCCGUUUCGAAAUUUUAAAACAAAAAGAAAAAAAUCCUUUUCCUUCCUUUCAUUGCUUUAAAGGAGACAAAAUUUAAGUUCCCUGUUCUCCUUCCAUUUCCACUUCAACCAUUUGCAACACAAAGAAAGGGAAGGGGGCUUGUUACAACUCACCACUCCUUUUGAUUUCAAGAUUCGUAUUAUUUUUUAAAAGGGAAAUCAUGACAGUAUUGGAUCUGGUGCUAACACCCCGCUUCCCAGCCUGACGGGAAAUAAGGGUUUUUCAUUCAUUUCAUUUCAUUUCAUUCAUUCCCCUGUGUUCCUGUCUCACCUUUUCAUCCUUGCCCCCCUUCUCUUUCCCUUCUUCUUUUCCUUAAAACUGGAACUGUAUCCGAUCACGUCCCACUCUCCAGGAAGGUGUGAGUUAGCUCCUACUGUGUAUUUCGUUGUAAUUGUCUUUGGGUUUCAGGAGGUCUCCGAGCUGGACAGACCUGGACAGACCUGCUGUACUCACCAGCCCCAACUCAGGAGACAACUCAAAGAUCCCCUGAGCAAGGGUUGUUGGGAACCGAGGAAAGAACGAGUUUAGAAAGAACCCCCAGAACACCCACUCCUCGCUCGCGUCCCCUAACCUGGGAAUCAAUUAGAUGUGAAACAGACUUGGGUCUCCUAUACUAAGCCUGUGAAUCCGAAGGCGAAUUGUAGAAGUUAAAGGUGUAUGUCUUUGUACUUGUGGCUUGGACUAAUCUUCAACCGUGAGUGCUUUAAAUUUGUUUGGCACAAAAUAUUUGUAUAUAGAAAUGGAUCAAGGACGAAGAAAAGAAAUCUCUGUCCUUUUGUGGAUCUCGAAGUCCCGCCCCGCCCUUCUCCCCCCAUCCCUCUAAAUGGAUAUGACGUUCCCUACCGAGAACCGUAUUAGAGAAAUGUGUAUUCCUAGGCUAGCGUGAUUUCUAGAAAGAAAAGUAUGUGGUUCUGUUCAUUGUAAACCUGUAGUCUUAGCAGGGGCUGGGGGGGGGGGGGGUGGAGAGGAUGCAGGGGAGGAAGAAGGAGGAAGGUUCAGCCGCAGAUACUACCCAGGUCUAGCUCAGUCCUGCCAGUCCUCAGCCCCCGAAAGCGCUUCCGAGUCUUGCUUUCCUUUCUUUCUUAAAAGAAUUGGAUAUAUUAAGAAUUAUUGGUGGUGGGGAAGGGGUUUAUAUUGUUGUGUUUGUUUGUUUUGGAGAGUGGCUAUUUUUCUCUGGCCUUGAGACAAAUUUCAACUACCACCCCAGUGGCCCAGCUCAGCACAAGCCCUUCCUCGGGGGUAGUUCCCGGAAGGACCGUAGAGUACAACCAACCCUCCCUCCCUCUCCAUCGAACCAUCAAAUCAGUGACCUUUCCUAAAGCGCUUCUGUGUGUAGAGUCAAUAAAAGAAAUAGAUUCAAAACUGA